UGUUCAUGUGCCCAUCCUCCUCUGGCAAACAGGCAAGCGCAUCGAUACUCCGCUCACUUCCUCCACCCCUUUCCACACUCCCUUCUCUAUCAUGACAUAACCGCACUGCACCUCACCUGCCUGCGCCAUGUGGCGGGACCGAACGAACCUCUUUAUUUCCUAUCGCCAGUCCUACUCACAUCACCCCGCGAAGAAGCCGCGCUAUGGAGGGCCGCCAUCCAAUGGUUUCGGCGACAGCGGGCGGGUGUCCGAGGAGCGUCUCGGGCUCAUGUCCGCAGGGGCCUUUGAGGACGAUGGCGACGCUGUGAUUGAGAUGGACCUUCUCCCUCCACGAUGGCUUGACAUCCAGGACGAAGUCACGGAAUACCUCGCAGAGAUUGCAAAGCAAACACGAAAGCUCGACCAGCUGCACCAGAAGCAUGUCCUCCCUGGGUUCGACGACGAAGAGGUCAAGAGACGGGAAGAGCGGGAGAUCGAAGGGCUCACGCAGGAUAUAACGCGUGGCUUCCAAAAAUGUCAGAAAGCCAUAAAACGAAUCGAGACCAUGGUCCGGGAAGCCCAUCAACACGGGAGCAUCAACAGUGGAGAAGAGAUGAUGGCCAAGAACCUGAAGAUAUCUCUCGCCUCGAGGGUUGGCGACGUGAGCGCUAUGUUCCGCAAGAAGCAGUCGGCUUAUCUGAAGAAGCUCCGCGACCUUGGUGGCUUCGCCUCGCCCUUCCGUUCCGCAACUCCUAUCCAGAAUCCCUACAACGAUCCCGCACUUCAGGAAUCAGACGCUGACCGAUCAUUCUCGCAAUCUACUCUCCUCCAAACGAAGCAGCAGCGUCUCCGCCAUGACCCCAACGAAGCCCUGAUCGCCCAGCGAGAACGUGAGAUCGAGGAUAUUGCUCAGGGCAUCAUUGAGCUUGCCAACAUAUUUCAGGAGCUGCAGACCAUGGUAAUUGAUCAGGGCAGCAUGCUGGACCGGAUAGACUAUAACGUAGAACGAAUGGCAACCGACGUGAAGGAGGCGGACAAAGAGCUCAAGGUAGCCUCAGGUUACCAAAGAAGAAGCAUCAAGAGGAAGGUUAUGCUCCUGCUAGCAAUAUUGAUUGCGGGGAUGUUUAUUCUGCUUUCCUUGAAAUUGACCAGCAGAGGAGGUAGUUCACCAUCAACGCAAGCCGCACCAGAAUCUGAAGAGCUUCCUCCUAUAGCAGCCGGCCCUCUUAGAGAACGCUCUUCGAACGGGCGGCAAUCAACCACUCUCCGGGCAAGUCGAGACUGGCAUCGAAGGAAGAGACGGCUAUGGCAAGAAUUAGAAGGUGACCCCGUGGCAUUUUGAGCGUUUUUGGGCUUGGUUGUAAGAUAUUGUUUAAUUCAGGGUCCUCGCGACCCGGGUCUCGAGAUCAUUCAUUAUGCAGUCCUUCAGCUUUCCUCAUGCGAGGUAUGCAAUCUCGCCCACACCUCAGUGGCGGAAGCCAAGAGUGGAGAUGUCUGCGCUGACUAACCAACGGAUAAAUACGUCAAACUGUUCCUCCCGCUCUGGAAGGACGUGAGUCCCCAAGAAUGGGGCCAAAUCUUGAACGGCAAUCCGGGAAAUUGUGCCUUGCUAUCACGAGCCGAGCCACCUCCGGAAUUGAUACGCCAAUCACGAUUCGCUGUACCCUUGCUCUAAGCACCAGGACGAUGGAUGGCAACGAGCUUUAAAUUGACGACACUUCGGAGUUCCAGUCGAUCUGGCGUCUGAUGGGGGGCCUGAUUAUUUG